GCCCAGACAUGGGUGGAAAAGGGUCCCAGCUCCGUUUAACCGAGCAACAUCUGCGUCUCCAGGCCGACGCUCCAUAAACUGACAACAAACAGAGGGCAACUUUUUCUUCUUCUUAUUAUAUUACUGUUACGAGAAUACGAUAAACUACUUAUAGCCCCAGGACAGACCAGGGAGCUGGAAAAGUUAGUCCGUGAGUGGUUUUUUUUUUUUUUUUUUCUUUUUGCGGCAACAUUUAAAACAAAAAAAGAGCUGAUGAAAUUAUCAGAGAAGUAAGACUUCGGGGAGCCGCUCAGCAGGAGGUCUCGACGCUUUUCCGACCAUGCCACCGCUGACGGGCUGAUGGAUUUCAUCUUCCUGUGUCACUUUGACAUCUUCAAAGGUAUGACGGACAAACGAGCCGAAACUCUCCCUCCCUCUGGUCGUCAGGAGGGAGUUAAUGAAGAAAUCUGAAGGUAAUUAAGAGCAGCUCCGGGGUUUUACUGAACAACUGAGGGACAAAACGGCCUGACAAAGCUUGUGGCGCUUAAAGGGAGUCUGGGCACUCUGGCACACUCUGCAUUGUGAGUCUGGCACGUAUGCCUUUGUAUUUGAACCUGACUCUGUUCGGCUGGUGGGCCUUAAAUGCCGCUAAACUUUGCUGAAUUUGAGGUUUUGCCAGUGAAAAGUUACCGCAAAGUGGAAAGGAAAACUUCCUGACCCAGUGAGGGUAACCUCUGUGGGAUUCCUUUAUGUCUUGCAAAGUUUACAGCAGGUAACAAGCAGAGUGUCUUCAGUAAUCAUCCGUUUCCUGUUUCUUGAUGUUGUUUUGUACUUUAGUGUUCAACUGCGGUGUGAGUCCAGCUUUUUAUUGCAAAGACUCGAAAGGCCUCAGUAAUUUGAUGUUCGACGAAUGCUUUCUCUUCUAGGUGUCAAACGGGUUGUGAACCUUAGUCGAUGGAUUUGUCACCUUUAAUUCAAGAGGUUUUCACCUGUACUUUCUCCGUAGGCUAGAAACGUGGAAGCAUGGGCGACUGGAGCUUUCUGGGGCGGCUGCUGGAGAAUGCUCAGGAGCACUCAACAGUCAUCGGCAAAGUCUGGCUGACCGUCCUCUUCAUCUUCAGGAUCCUGGUGCUCGGCACCGCGGCCGAAGAGGUCUGGGGCGACGAGCAGUCCGACUUCACCUGCAACACCCAGCAGCCCGGCUGCGAGAACGUCUGCUACGACGAGGCCUUCCCCAUCUCGCACAUCCGCUUUUGGGUGCUGCAGAUCAUUUUCGUGUCCACGCCGACCCUCAUCUACCUGGGCCACGUGCUGCACAUCGUCCGCAUGGAGGAGAAGCGGAAAGAGAAGGAGGAGGAGAUGCGCAAAGCGAACAGGUUCCAAGAGGAGAAGGAACUCCUUUACAGAAACGGCGGCGACUCUGGAGGCGGCGGGAAGAAGGAGAAGCCGCCCAUCAGAGACGAGCACGGCAAAAUCCGCAUCAGAGGUGCGCUGCUGCGCACCUACGUGUUCAAUAUUAUUUUCAAGACCCUGUUUGAAGUGGGUUUCAUUUUGGGCCAGUAUUUCCUGUAUGGCUUCCAGCUGAGGCCCCUGUACAAAUGCGCACGUUGGCCGUGCCCCAACACUGUUGACUGCUUCAUAUCAAGGCCCACUGAAAAGACCAUUUUUAUUAUAUUUAUGCUUGUGGUGGCUUGCGUGUCUCUUUUGCUGAAUUUGUUAGAGAUCUAUCACCUCGGAUGGAAGAAACUCAAGCAGGGCAUGACGAAUGAGUUCGUCCCUGACAGCGAGUCGCUGCAGCGCACCGACGCUGAAGAGCCUCAGUGUUUGGCCUCAGUCUCCAGAACUGUCCCAUCCAGCCUCAGCUACCCUCCCAACUACAUAGAUGUGACGGCAGGCAGCGGGGCGUUCUUGCCACCUGUAAAGCCGGCGGCAAUGGCUUCAGCAGCGGAGUUCAAGAUGGGUGACCUUCAGCAGGAAGAGUCCCUUCGCCAGUCUUCUUCCCCUUCUCAGUACUACAUCAGCAACAACCACAGGCUGGCCACGCAGCAGAACUGGGCCAACUUGGCCACCGAGCAGCAGACUCGGGAGAUGGGUUCCCCGUCGCCAUCCUCGUCUUCUUCUGCCAACAAUGAGAACGAACAGCAGCAGAUGCCGGCUGGUGCUGCGCUGCUUCUUCCCAGCAACAACACCAACAGCAAUGCCAACACCACCAACAACGCCGCCUCAGGCAGCACCGGCGGCAGCAGCCCAGCCACCGACAGAGGCGGCGGAGGAGGCAACAACACACAGAAGGAGGUCCACCGCACCAUCACGACGGUGGAGAUGCACGAGCCUCCGCACAUGGCCAGUACAGACCCUCGGCGGCUCAGCCGGGCGAGCAAGAGCAGCAACGUCAGGGCCAGGCCAAGCGACCUGGCUGUCUAGAAGUGCUUUGGCCCUUUAGGGUCCCCCCACCCCUCCAACAGCACCUCCGGCUUCCUUCUACCACGCCCUCAAACACUGAUUGUUAAACACGCAAGGAAAGCAUUACAUUCUUGCUUUAGGUAGGAACCAGAUCUAAGAAAAAUACAAAAAGACAAAGUAACAAGAGGCAGGAAAGCAAAUCAGCAUAAAAUGUAGCUGCUAGUAUGGAAUCACUUCCCCAGACAGAAGGGUCCGACUUCACCCAUCGCUCCCUAGCCCCACCAAUCUAAGUCCUUUUCUGGCUUUCAAAUAUUUGAUCCCAUGGCCUAACGCAAACUAAAUUUACUAGUCAUUAGCUAUAACAGACAGGUUUUCAUUUGUAAGUGCGACAGCUGCCACCACGUGAGAACCGGGAAGGGUGUCGGACUCUGGGGAUUCAGGGUGGUGUUGAGAGUCUUGGGUCAAAUACUAUCGUCUCCAGCUGUAGCCUUUUAGUGCAAUCGGUGAAUUGUAGAGCUGCUUAUGUAAGGUUUGUUAAGACUGUGCACAAAAAGUAUGAUCACACCUUUUAACAAAAAGCAGAAGGUAAAAUUCUAUGUUGUUAAAGGCACAUUUUAGAAACGUGGUUUGGUGGAAGACUUAGUGGUGCUUCACUCUUAUUUGUUGGUGCAAACUGACAUAUUUUCCUAAUGUCUGUGUGAAGAUGAUGAGAUUCUGACAUUAAAUAACGCUAUGUCCACGUCAUCUAAAGCUGGUUAUUAGCUUGACUAUCUGUUCAGGUAGCAAGCCUAUCCGGUCAGCCGCUUCAGGCAUGCCACUUGUUGUCGUUUUAGAACAGAACUGCCUUCAUAAGAGGGAUUGCUGGUGCUGAUUUCAGUUUCCAAUACCAUGAUACUUUUCUGUAAGUGAGGGAAACGUGUAGUGGCUUUGUCUUGGCCAGCUGCCCAGCAGUGCACAGCAACAAGUGGGAGAGAAAGCACCGGUCACUUUGGCACUUUCUCUGAGAUUUCAUUAAGAUGAUUUAAAUAGUAGGAGGGGUAUAAGAGAACAUUUUAGUGCUUUAGAAAACUUAAAAACCCUGGUUUUCUUUGAUACGGCCUAAUAGUGAAUGAAAAAUUGCAUUUCAGCUGCAGGAAGCAAAAUGUCAGUGCUCUAUGUUAUGUUAUUGCAAUUCAUGUUAGCUUUUUUUUAUUUUUAUUUUUUUAUUUAUUUUCUCCGAAGAGUUUUUAACGGCGCUAGUGGCUUGUAUUUUUCUACAGUAGGCUGA